UAUGGGUCUACUCCCACAGUGAUCUUUGCCUCUGUUUUGUCGGAUAUGUGGAAGGCAGAAGUUGAACCAAAUAUAGAGGCACUUGUCUCAUCUUGUGUUGUGUUGCCCUGUAAGUUUAAUUACCCUGGCACGGAGCUUCCUAGCUCUCGGCUGAAGGGAAUCUGGCACGAAAAGUCAGGCAAAAAGCGAAGAAUUUACGACGAAGAUUCUUUAAACAUCGCCGAUAGCUUCAAGGAUCGCACAAAGCUAAUUGGCCGACUGAGUGAGAAAAACUGCUCACUGGAGAUAGAUGAUGUAAAAGACCAUGACAACGGCCCAUUCUGUUUCAGAAUUGAAAUUCCAGGUAGAGAUAAAUUCUCCUUCGUGGAGCAGUGUGUGGACAUCAUCAUGAAGUCUGAACCUGACAAACCACAUCUGGAUAAAGAAGAGUCCUUCGUGGAGGGAACACCUGCCAUCUUUAAGUGUUCUGUCAAACACACCUGUCCCACUCACCAGCCAACUAUUGAAUGGAGUCGUAAAGAUGUGAAAACUCGUUCAUCCUAUAGGGACCAGGGCCAUGGAGCAUGGGAAGUGGAGUCCCUCCUUACCUUCACCACCACAGAGCAGGAUGAUCACACAAACAUCACCUGCACUGUCACUUAUUAUGGUGACAGAAAAACUGCAGUCACUAGCAAGAUAUAUGUCAAACGUAAGACAACAUACUGUAGGUUGUUUUUUUCUAAUGAAAGAUGUUUUUUUAUGAUUGGCUUGUCAGGAAUGAUCAAAGAAUAUUAUAAUAAUUUCUAUAAAAUGGGUUGUGGGGAGUGGUAUCUCAGUGUGAGUCUCUCUGAGUUACUGAUCAGAAGGUCGAUGGUUCGAGCUCUGACUUCACCAGGUUGACGCUGUUGGGCCCUUAAGCAAGGCUCUUAACCCUGUCUGCUCCAGGGGCACCAUAUAAUGUCUGACCCUGUGCUCGGACCGCUGCUUACUAACAAAAGAAGCUGGGAUAUGCAAAGAAUAAAGCAUGUCACUCUGUAGUAAUGUAUAUGUGACGAAUAAGGCCUGAACUGAACUGAGCUAUUAUACAUCCUGGUUGACCCCAGAAG